CGGACGUGACUGAGAGUGAUUUAAUUUUUUGCGACGAUUUGCUAGUUCUACAAUCUAAUACUUUGAAGCGUUGGUGCAUCUGUGGACAGAGUUCGCUUGUUCGCUUGUUUGUUUAUUUGUUAGCGGAAAAAAUCGCAACUGCACCGGUAAUGGCCCAGCAAGGAUACCUCAAGGGUGGUACUCUAGGAAGCCGUCACGGCACUGACUACCAAGUGCACGUGCUAAUGUGGCUCUACGAGCGGGCAGCGACCACCGGGAGGUCCAACUAUGCCGACUUUCGAUUGGCAUCGGAGAUGGAAGCCGCUGGAAAAUUCGACGACGCGGUGCUCUCAUGGCAAGAUGGUGCCUUGAAAAACUGGCUGUUCGUACAGGUCAAACACAAGGUAUGUGAAACGCUAGUUCAGAGGCUGCUGCUUCCGACGACAGAAGCGAAAAAAGGGGACGGAGAUUUUUCACUGUACAAGUAUCUGCUCUCGUUUUGGGACAUUGAACGCAACGAGAAGUUUGCCGGACGGAAGCAGUACGUUAUCUUCACGAACUGUGAGCUCGGUAUGACUGUCCUCGAAUGGUUUGAAGAUUGCGAGAAGGAUGUCGAUGGGAUCUUGAAAAUACCUGGCGGUGAAUCACGACUGCUGAAAAUGAAGUUCAACGAUCGAUUUUGCGACAAGUUGGUUGAGUAUGGCAGUAGAGCUUUCAAUGAAUUAGUGGAUGCACUGAAGGCGAUUUUCAUUGACGGAAGAACUGAUGUCAAGACGGAUGUGUUAAGGAAAUACCGCGGUGCGAUAGCAAGUAAAAUUUUAGUUGUCGAUAAGACAUUGGUGAAAUUUACACCGAGGUUCAUUAAGAAAAAAAAUCUGGAUCCCUUGGAACUGCAACUCCGUAAGAAUCUAUUUCGAGACGACGUAACGUUACAAGAACUUAUUUCCUAUGUCGUAACGGAUAGCCAGCUGAGCGCAGAUUUGACGAUCAAGGAUAAUUCACUUAGUACCCUACCUCCGGCAAUUGAUCGGAAGGAUGUCAAAUUGUUUUUCAAUCGACUCAUCUUUGCCAUCAACCAGCCAAAUAAUGCAGCCCUUGAGAAAAUCAUCUACCAAGAACUUAUGGCUAGGUACAACUCUCCAAUGCAAGAUCCAGACUCCCGGGAAAGCUGUACCACCUUGUGGUACACCAAGCUACAAAAGAUGGUGAAUGUUUGGUUGGACCGCAAGGAAGGAACCUACUUGGAACGCCAUGAACUGGAAACGGAACUUCAAGCAGCACUCCACACGUUUAACUGCUCUAAGCUGGAUGUUCGGACGGAAAUAUUUCAAGGAAAGAUGCAAAACUUGCGCCUAGAAUUUACCAAUGUCAGUCUUUCUCUAAGCCAGGUCCCUUUGGCAAUCAUAUCCAACAGCCAGCAGGGGCUGCUCACUAGUCUUAAACUCUACCAGAUACUGAAAGGUUCCCAGUACCGUUAUUUUACCUUCGAGGACCUGCAGAUUUCCUCGGUUCUGGGAACACUGUUGGAUGUCCUUCGCAAAGAGAGCUCUCCGAUUUAUUUGCUACUCAAAGAUAACCAUCCCACUUUCAAUUUCCACACCAAACUCUUCAAGGGCAAAAGCUAUACACAAAUCAUCCUACUUACCUACAGCAAAGAUCGGGCGUCCAGUUUUUUUAACGGAGUUCCAUUCACCACCGUGAUGGAUAGUGACAGCAAUCUGACUCAUCUAUCUAAGCAAAGUCAACACAUCCUAAAGCGGCGAGCGGUUCUCUUUCAGGGUCACGAACGGACGCUUAUGAAGCUUCCAGGCUACAACUCCGCAAAAGACCUCUUCAAAAACGAUGACCUGGAGAAGCUGAUCCGCGUCGAAACCCUCACCUUGGGUCCUGAGCUAGUGAAACUCGAAACCAAGCGAUACAUUCCUCGGAUCAUCAGUAACUGUGAUCCUGACGAGUGGGGUGAGGAUUCAAUCGCAUCGGAUCCUGGGACCAGUGCGACACCGAAGGCUGGUCAGUGCGUCAACUACACAGAAGAGGAGUUUCUCGCCGAUAUUCCGGCUGUAUUUGCACGGAGCAAGAUUGUGAUACUCUCAUCGACGCCCGGUAUGGGUAAAUCCACGCUCUGGAGCCGAUUAGCGCUCCUGGCUAAAAAACUGGAUCCCUCCCGAUGGGUAAUGGUCGUUAAGCUUCAGGAUUGCGUCGACCUGUUAACAACUGGAUCGAGUAUGGAGAACCUCAACGAUUGCAUGGAAUUGUUGGGAAGCAUCGUGCCGUUCAAAUCUUCUCUUGAUCGGACCCUGUUCUACAAAUGCCUGCAAGUAAUACCGGAGAGUGUCUACCUGCUGUUCGACGGGUUUGACGAACUACCGCAUGAGGUUACGGAUCGUGCUAUUGAUAUGUUAAGAACUCUCUGUGACCAUGCGCGAGUGUUCGUAAACACGCGUAUCCAUCAUCAACAAGAAUUGGAGAAAGCGCUCGGCGUUAAGGCACACUUCCUCAAACCGAUGAGUUCUUCGGAUCAGAAAGAAUUGUUCCUAAGCUCGAUCGAAGUUGACCGCUCAUCCAGUGCACUUGCCAAAUUUCUGCAAAAUCUAACCCAGAAAAUCCAGAGCAAAUCGUUGGAACUUGCAAGCAAGUUCUUCGGAGUACCACUAAUUAUCAAGAUGUUGGCCGAAAUCUACAAAAUCAACAUUGAGCUCCAUUGUAAAACGGACGACCGAAGGUAUCUGGAUUCGAUUGAUCUUGACUCGUUGAGUAUCUUGCAACUGUACAACCGAUUUGUUUACAGUUCAUUUCGCCAGCUAAAUGUCGAGAAGCUUAAACUGAUAGAAACUAACCGGUACGUUCAGCAAAUACUGGCUCCCGAAAGUUACUUCUACAAGGGAUUCGAGAAAUUGCACUGCUUCCUCGGCCUUUUAAGUGUGGUCAGGGAGCAACAAUUCGGGGGCGAUGCCGAACAGCUCUCGGAACUUCACCAGCAGGCAUUGUGCCUGGAUUCUCCGAUCGUUACCAAGUACAUCCAACAACAAUCUUACUUCAUCCACGCGUCCAUAGGAGAGUUCUUUGCCGCAAAGUCCCUCGUCGAAAAGCUGAUUGGAAUGACAUUGGAUCAAGUCACUGAAAGCUUCGCAAAAAAUCGAAACUCGCGGGAAGUACCGAAGAAGCGUGGAACAAAAGAUGUCUGGGAUCUUUACUAUCUGGUCUUGCGAGACUACCCGAGUGUCCGGAAAUUCUUCUUCCUCAUGAUCCAGCAGCAUCCGAGCUGUUUGGGAAAGUUGGAACAGUUGUUUUGGUGCAUGCGACCAUACCCUUUGCUGUGGGCCUGCGAAGAAAACGUGGAACCGAUAGCCAGGAUGUUGAUCGAGGAAGAUCCCGCCAUAGCAGCGUAUUCUACGAAGCUGAAGCAAACCCCAUUGCACUGUGUAGCGGUUCUUGAUGCUGAUCGAAUUUGUACCCUCUUGCUUGACAAUGGGGCUGAUCCGAAAGCCAUGAAUCUGUACAAACAAUCGGCUCUUCACAUAGCAGCUCUGAAUGGCUCCAUAAACGUUGCCACCUUACUAAUCGAUCACGGAGCAAGCGUAGAUACCACCGAUCAAAAUCUGUACACACCUCUGCAUCUGGCAUCGCAGGCAGGACAUGUUCAGUUUGUAAAACUAUUGCUUAACAAUCACUGCCAAUUGAACUUGCAAACGAAGAAGAAAUGGAACGCCCUGCACAUAGCGGCCUUCAACAACCACGCGGAAAUCGCUAUGAUUCUUAUAACGCAAAACAUUCAGCUGAAAGUGGGAGCAGCCAAGCAGUGGCUAACGUUCUUGGGUCAUAUAGUUGCUCGAGGAUUCAAGGAAGUCGUCUCUAUCCUAGUGGAAUACGAAGUACGCACCUGUUCGGAUUAUAACGAAACACUGAACUGGGCGAUACGCAGUGACCGCGUUGAAAUCCUCCGUGCCUUGCACAAAUCCGGAGUUAAUGUUCACGACAAAGGUGACACCUACCGAUUGGCUUUGAGACAAAAGAAACACCACAUUGCCCAGGAGCUUCUUCGCUUGAGAUCACCAGCCGAUACAUUGGAUCAGCCCUUGCAUGCUGCAGCCGAAGCCGGAAGCAUCGACUGUUUAGAGAUCUUACUUGUUGAUACUAUAGCAGAAGUGAAUGCUGUUGACAAGAAUGGGAUGACCCCCUUAGACUUGGCCCUGAAGUUCUGCCACCCUAAUGCAAUUGAACUUCUGCUUGGUCGGUCUGCCAUCGCCAAGAGCACAUCACCACUUCAUACGGUUGUAAAAUCUCCCAUAUGCAUCAAAGUUCUGCUCCGCCAUGGAAUCUCCGUGGAUGCAACCAACAAUACGGGCAGUACAGCGCUCCAUCUGGCAGCACUGCAGAAAAACUACCAAAGCUCUUGGCUGCUACUCCAAAAAGGAGCUUCCCCUCUCGCGAAAGGAAACGACGGUCGAACGGUUUUGCACGUUGCUGCUGCGCAAAACUUCAUCGGACUGGUACCGAUUCUGGUGAGAAAUCCGGCCCUCGUCGAACAGGGAAUUGCCGAGCAGUACGUCAACGAGCAAGACAAACGAGGUCAAACGGCAUUGCAUUUGGCUUGCGAAAAGGGAUUCAUCGAGGUUGUGUCGCUUUUGCUCGCUUCCGGAGCCAGGGUCGAUGGAUUGAACAACAGGAAAGAAGCUCCGAUUCAUUUGGCAGCCAGCGGGGGUCAUUGGGACGUAGUUCGAUUGCUGUUGGAGCAAAAGGCUGACAUUGCAGCCGUCGAUGGCCAGGGGAUGAGCCACCUGGAUCGAGCGGUGGCCGAAGGACAUUUGGAAUAUGUUAGGAAUUUUUUGGGUCAAAGCCCUCCGGUAUCCAAAGCGGGGAUUGACUUGAUGAAGGCGAUCAAGCUGGCCAAAGAACGAGGUCAUUUGCUGGUGGCAGGUGAGCUGGCCACUCACUUGGUACAGUAGAAAGCUGAGCUGAAUGGAUGACAGCAAACAGAAGCAAGUAAACAAUGGCAAAUCGAAAACAAAAUGUGUGCGUCUGUGUUUAUCUUAAUAUUAUUGUUGUUUUUGGUUCCUGAGCUUUUGUUCAACUAUAAGAAGUAAGCGAAGAAAAUGUUGAAACUAGAUAAAU